ACGGUCCAGCUGCCUGGCCGUCCAUUAUCUCGACUCAAUUAGUAUAAUUUAAUUCGGAUGAUCCCGUUGCAAUGUGGCAACUUCCCCCCAUGGCUUCACCUAAGUUGUUGCGCCCUCUCGCGGUCAUUCUCGCGACCCUUCUGGUGAUCACCACGCUCUGGCGACUUCGCAUCAGCGUCCUGGAGCCUCUUGUUCCCGACGACCUGCCACAUGACCACGCCGAAGCACCGUCGGGAAAUGAAGAAACGGACUGGUCUCGCUUCGCCUACGUGCAGUAUGUCACCGAUGACAACUAUCUCUGCAACUCAGUCAUGCUUUUCGAGAGGCUCCACAGCAUGCACAGCAAAGCCGAUCGCCUCUUGAUGUACCCCGACGGCAUCUCCACCGCGGAGGAUGACACAUCACUCGAGAGCAAACUUGUCCGCAAAGCACGCGAUGAAUAUAAUGUGAAACUUCAGCCAAUUCAGGUACAAAGCCGGCCGUCGGGUGAUGCGACCUGGGCUGAGAGCUACACCAAGCUCCUCGCUUUCAACCAAACUCAGUAUGAUCGAGUCUUAGGCUUAGACUCCGACUCGACUAUCCUUCAGCCCAUGGACGAGCUCUUCCUGCUCCCAUCAUGCCCUGUUGCGAUGCCACGAGCCUACUGGCUGGACCCUAAUGGCCGCACCAUGAGCUCGCAGCUCUUCGUGGUCGAGCCGUCCGAUUUUGAAUUCGGUCGCAUCAUGGAGAGCAUUAGCCACGCGGGCGGGUCCGAAUACGACAUGGAGAUCUUCAACGAGUUGUACAAAGACAGCGCCUUGAUCAUCCCGCACCGCCCUUACAACUUGUUGACUGGAGAGUUUCGGUCCGAGUCGCACACGGCCUACUUAGGGAAUUCGCUGGAGCAGUGGGACCCCGACAGGGCGCUGUCGGAGGCCAAGUACUUGCACUUUUCCGACUGGCCCGUUCCCAAGCCUUGGAUCAAAGCCCGCCCCGAUGUGAUCCAAGACAAGCAACCAGCAUGUCAGACGGUUCCCGAACAGCCGGAGAACUGCCGUAACAGGGACCUCUGGCUGGGAUUCUAUGAGGAUUUUGCCCGGCGAAGAAAGGCCGUUUGCGACAUUGAUGUCUAAGAGCCUGACACUUGCUGGCUCGGUGACUGGGCCAUCCCGGCCUUGUAUUUUUUAUCAGGACGCCGCGAUACCCGAGGGGCGAGACAUAAUUUCAUACAUUUUGUUGAUUGCCGUGGUGGAAGUAACGACC